AUGGACGAGUCGAGUGAGACAUUUCAGUCAGACCAUUUGCGUGAUGCUUGGAAUUUAUUAGAAGAAUAUUAUGACUUUUGUCGAUUAGCGCAUUACCGUAGAAAGCUCGAAGAACAACUUCAAAAUGCUCAAAUACCAUUGACACGUGUAUCGUGGAAGAAGUUGGCUCGACGAGUUCUUUGUAGCCAAUUAUUCUCCGAAGAUGAACUGAAAGAAAUCAAUGGCAAUUCGGAAGAUUGUUGCAUCGAAUCUGAUAUAGUUGCCAGUCAAGCAGUUGUGAAUAAGUUGCUUGAAAGCCGUCAAGAAGAUGGAGAUCGAGAAGUUGAUCUUACUAACGCUUGGUCUGAAGUUAAUGAAUUGAAACAACGUUUUCAAAAAGCUGCUAGUUAUAUUCCAAGUAGCCGACAAGCACGAAAAGACAUGUGCCGCAAAAUACAAGGUUAUCCCGCAGGAUAUGUCGAUGAGCAUAAUGAUUUAGAAUUGCUUGAACAACGGAACGAUAAUCAACAAGUAGAUUUGACACGUGUUCUUACUAGCGAUGAACAGCAUCAGAUGGAUACGGGCGACUUGAUUGAAAUGAGUGGAUAUCGCUUACACAAUGCAUUCUACAUUUAUCGUUUACCACAAAAAGGAAUCUGGUCGCAAAUUCAACAAAUGUGGUCGAAUCAUCAAAUCACAGACUUUGUCUUCAACGAUGUGCACACAAAUACUGAUGAAGGAGAGGAAGGAGAUAUACUCUUCGUUCCGGCCAAAGAUGAAUAUGGCUAUGGUGUGCCUUAUUUAUUUGCAACACGAGCAAAUCAAUCGUUACCUGAUGGUGCACUUUAUAAAUAUGUCGACAUCAAUUGUCCUCUUGUAGCUCGACAUACACAAAAUCCAACCAUUGCUCUCGUCGAAAAACAUCUAUCCGAACGUUUACAAAAUCCUGUCUAUCAAGAUGAAUAUAUUGGCGUUGAGAUGACUGUUGAGCCCAAUCGAUUUCCACAAGAAUAUGUCGCUAUCGUUCAUAUAAAUCAUGAUGCAAAGGAUAACGUAACAUGGACUCGACUGGCUCAUUAUAAUGGGAGAGAAGCUGCAACGGAUCUCAAUGACAAUCGUGAGAUAUUCUAUUCCCGUCGAGUUUUAGAAGCUGAAGAACAAUAUCGACAAAAGUAUUUGUCAAAAUGA